AUUUGGGGGAAUUAGUCAAUUGUUUAAUGUGGGGUGGGAAACACAGUGCGCGUCACGCUCCGUCAAAACAUCGAAAAUUUGCAUCUUCCGGGUGAAAUUCGCGGAUUUCCGCGAAGCGGAAUUUCCCGUCUAUGCCUUGAAGGAAUUUUCCCUUCUGAAAGUGGAAUUUUCGCGAAAAAACGCGACUUUCCCAACUGGGGUCCGUCUGACGUUUGCUGUCAUCCAAACCGCCCAUACUUGACAGCGAUCAAAUCCGAGCAGCGUUGCCUUUAAACGGGCCUGGAAUGGACGUCACCGUCAAGCAAAUUAAACUGCGUCCUAAUCCAGAAAAUUUCAAUGACUUUGCAACACUGUCUUUAGUGGUACACUUUUGGGGAGCAUGAAGUCCCAGUUCAUUGAGCAGGUCCAACUGCUGAUGGAAACGCAACAUAUCAAAUACACCGAGUGUAUCUUCGGCAAACCCAACAAUUACAUGUGGCUGUGCAGCAAAAAGCCGCACAUGGUCUACUGGAUGUCCACGAAGGAUGAAAUAAAAAUCCGAAACUGCCUGGACCGCAUCACUCAGGAGCAGGAAAUCAAAGUUCUGAAGCUGGUGCUCACUUAUUUGGACAGCAAUCCGAACGCCAGUCCCAGUAAAGUUCCGGAAAUCACGCUGCAUUACUUGAAUGAGGUGAUCACGUGCAAUAUCUUCAGACAGGCCAAAGAGGAAGCGCAAGCCGCUCAAAAACCGUUCUCUAGGAUGGCCAGUUUCCGUGAGAGCUUGAGGAAGUUGAGCGGUUUGAGAAACAAGAGCGCCAAUUACGAGCAGCAAAAAAGGGCGGUGACUUUCGCGGAAGUUCCCACGAUUUACCGCAUUCCCAUGCAAAAGUAGCGUGCCAAUAAAGCGUCUUGCAACUGUU